GGGUCUUAUACAGAGCUGUGAGCUGCUCUUUUGGACUAAGAAGGCCAUAUUUCACGAACGUUGUGAAAAGAAGACAAGGAGUCAAGGUGAGAGGGUAUAUAUUUAAUAUUUGUUCCAGAUCAUAGGUUCUCAAGCUGUGGUUCAUGGAGACCAAGAAUGCUUAAGAAGAUCUUUCAAAGUAAUAUUUAGUAAUUAGAAGAUGGAAGUAGAGGGAACUUUGGGCUUCGUAUUAAAUCAAUGUCACACUCCACAGUGUAUGGAGUUGGAUCUGGAAGGUCAACACUUUCUGUCAAGAUUCUAAAUUAGCUGUAAUUUGGAGGCUACUUUCCAUUUAUAAGAAUAGAGCUUUCAUCUUGAUUCUUGGAUUCUGGAUAACUAAAACCAAGCUGUCAUUCAGCGUUGGGUGCACUACAACUCUCCUGCUUUUAAGUGAAAAAAGUAGAAUGGGGGUGGUUACCUAUCCUGAUCUCUCUCCAUUUUAGUUAUAGGAGAUUAAGUAAAGCAAGGUGCUUUGUCAUUUAGGAGAUUAAGUUGUAACAAAGAUCUCUUACAAAAUGCAAAAGUUUAUAUACAUAGCUUGAGGGUAUUUGGCUACACAUAAUUCUGCAUUUUGUCAUAUGUAGUCUGAAAGUGUUGCAUUUUAUAUUUAAAUAUUUAAAAGGCUAGAGGUGGGAAGCUGAAGAAACUAAAUUUCUAGCUGAUGCACCAAGGGAACAGUUGUACUCACUAGCUUACCAGUCCCAGUACACUUGGUGUAACAGACUGGCAAACCCUGGCACUGUUUAAGGGGACACUAUAGUCACCUGAACAACUUCAGCUUAAUAAGGUUGUUCAGGUGAUAACUAUAGCUCCCUGCAGCCUUUCUCGUGUAAACACUGUAUUUUAUGAGAAAAUACAGUGUUUACAUUGAAAGCUAGGAACACCUCCAGUUGCAGUCACUCAGAGUGAACCAGAGGGACUUCGGAGUUGAUGGAGGCAUAAUAUGCCUCCAUCCACUCAGAUCUGCUGUCAACAGAGCACAGGGCAGCACUGUGCACGGCAUCCUGUGAUUCAGUAUCUCCUCCCUCUGCAUGCAGACACUGAACUUUCCUCAUAAAGAUGCACUGAUUCAAUUCAUCUCUAUGAGGAGAUGCUGAUUGGCCAGGGCUGUGUUUGAAUCAUGUUGGCUCUGCCCCUGAUCUGCCUCUUUGUCAGCCUCAGCCAAUCCUAUGGGGAAGCACUGUGAUUGGAUCAGGCUACCACAUGUCAGCAGACUGCUUGUUUUUCUGAGUCUAACAGCAUGCAGAUUUACAGCUUCAGGCUUGAAUACAGUAAGAUUUUUACUAUAUAUAUGGAGGCAUGAGGGGCCCAGGGGGGCUAGAUGGUGGUGUUAACACUAUAGGGUCAAGAAUACAUGUUUGUGUUCUUGACCCUAUACUGAUCCUUUAAUAUGUAAACUCCUCAAACAUGUAUUUCUCUGUUAUGUUAUAUGUGACUGGAGAAUAAAAUAUAAAAUGUCAAAAACUAUAAAUAAAAAAACCAAAUAAAAAUACAAGGAAAAAAAAUGAAGUAAAAAAAAAGCUAAAUGCAACAAACAAGUAUUUUUCAUAAAGUCUGGUUAAUUUGGGAAUUCAGAAUCAGAUAACUGUUAUCUAUUAAACAUUAAAGGAAUCUAGGCGAUCUCUAGUGUAAAUAUACAUUUAUGCAUGUUAAUAAAUGUUUAUACAUAGCCUUAUCCUUAAAACCACAUACAUGGGAAUCAUGUAUGGUAACAUACUUUACAAAAUAAAGAAUUUCACAUUUUCAUUGAUCUUCUAUUCUCUUGUUUUCAACGUUUUGUAUUUUUCUAGAAAGUCUUUGUUCAUUAAAGUAGGUGGAGGAGUCUGAUGUGGGAUUGCCCUCUUUAAUGAAAUACUUCACCAUGGUUGUCUGCCUUCCCACCUCAAAGUCACUAAAUUAGAUUCCAGAGCUUGGAGGAGGUAAAGCUACACAAAUAUAUCUAGAAACCAAGCAAUAUUGUAUGUAGUGUAUCUCCGCCUGCUCUGAAACAGGUUAACGCUAACUGGUUGGAAUCCAAGAACUGAGGUGAGCAGUGAGUGUUUAGAAUUUGCCUGCCAUGGGAUGUGUGAAUAGAUCAGUGGUUCUUAAACUUUUUGACAGGGAUCCAAUUAUACUUUUCCCAACAUAAAAAAGUGUUCUUAAUUGGCUUUAGGAAGGCAGUGUCACUGCUGAUCACAAUAUAUUGUUUGCAGUUACCUGAGCACUGAUCAUAUGAUAUGCCGGUGCGAUCCAUUGGGGACCAGCUGAAAUAGGAUGAAGAUGAAGAUAAAGGUCUGAUUUUUGGUGCUGGCCCAGUAUUUAAGAAUCAGUUAUUUCAUUUAUCCCUUAGCAGUUUCUGAUGGGUGAUGAUAAUUAAUUGCUAUAGGUGUAGCAGUAUUUCUCAUAUGUAUGCACACAUACUGAAGUUGAUGUGUUUAUGUUUUUUAAGUUUAUUAGUUAAUUUCAUGUGAAACAGGAGUUUGACAAAUUAUUAUUUGCAGGCUGUUUUAAUCAGGAAUCAGGAGUAGGACCAGUUCUUUUCAGAGAUUAAUUAGUGACGUUGUGAGUACCUUGGAAAGCAUAGUAAUAGUUCAUGUUUUUUUUGUUUUGUUUUUUUACUGGUAAAUCAAAGAUUAGAGAUGAGAACAUAAUCAUAGAUGUUUACAAGUAGGGAGAUAGAACAGUGGUCAAACAUCUGGGAUCUAAACUUAUCUAAAAAUGCUAAUUUAGACCUUCAUGUCUUAAAAUCUAAAGACAGAAUAAACACUGAUUGCAGUUUUGCUGAAUCCAGUCGAAAAAGAAUGAACUUAGGAAUUACUAUAAGGAAAACUUAAAACUAUAAUGCAUGUAUAAUACAAGGACCCAUCGUAGGAAGCAAUUAUGGUCUUUUAUGGAACGUAUAAAAACCCUCAUCUAGGAUAUUUGAUAUGAUUCCGGAGACAUUACCUCCAGUAAUACAUAAACUAGAUUAACAGAAAGAGUUACAGAUCCAUAGGACUGCUGAGGUGGCAGAAACGAACACAAUGGGCAUGCAAAUGUAGAAUAGGUAAACAGCUGCAAAAACAAAGCAAUUUGUUGUAAAAAAAACAACAAAAAAACACUAUUCAGUGUGUUCAUGCAUUGAGAGGUCUAUAAUCAAUUAUGACUAAACUCCAAAUUGACUUCUUGUACAUACCAGAUAUCUCAUGUUUAUUAAAUAUAUUCUUAAUAAAAAAAAAAUUAAAACUCACUUUUUUAUUUUUAAAAUAAUUUUCAUUUUGAUUUAUUUUUAAUUAAAAUGUUUUAAUUAUGCGAUUUCCUAUCAUUCAGUUUCAAUAGGCCCUAUUUUACCUUAUGUAGCCUUCGUUACAAAAAUCUCACUAAUGUUCACCAUGAUUAUUUAGAAUGUUCCACUGCGGUUUUGGUCAUCCCUAACUUACUGCAUGUAGUAGGAGUGUAUGAGUGACAGCUGACAGCAGCCCCAUCUGUUGCCUUAUCUAUCUCAAAUACAGAUUGACUACAAGUGCAAAUAUAUAAAGACUGUAAUGGCAACAUAGGCAAAUUAAUUUCCCAGAAAUAUUAUGGAAGUAAAAGAAAAUAAGAAUAUUGCUGCAUAAGUACUGUUUUUUCUAAUCUCUAUUUUUAAAACUUGAUGUAAGUAUGUGGAUUACAAAUUGAUGAUAUACAUUUGUGAAAGUCACAUUAGAGAACGACCUGCUUUAAAGAUUCAUCAAGUUUUGGAAUAUUUUAAACAUUGGGGAAUCAAUGUCACGUUGCUGUAAGCACGGUCAUGCAAAAUCUCUGGAGUCGUAUAUAGAUUUUUUUUUUUUUAGAAGAAUCUAAAUAAAUGAGAUUUUUCUGAAUGGCAGUAGAAAUUCACAAAACGGGGUUACUCAAAAGGAAUAAUAACAUUUCCCCAAACACAGGUAAAAUGUAAUUUGUAUUAAUGAGUGUUUCCAUGUAAUCAUUAAUAAUUAUUGCAUUUUAAUGUUAUCUGCCGUUCAUUGUCAAUCCGUAAAUUAUAAAUGAAAUAUUGUGUUCAGUUUGCUAUGGAUUAAAUGAAAUGGAGUUUCCUUGUUUAGCUGUGAUUUCAUUAUAAUCCUGUAUGAGGUGGGUUGUUACCUUGUGGCUGGGGAUUGUAGGAGUUGGAAUCCUACCACAAACAGAGUAUCUCAACCUAACUUGUUCUCACUUAAAGGGUUAGUUCACGCAUUGUAACCACAACAUCCCACUGUAGUGGUUAUGAUGCCACGGAUGCCCUGGCCCAGUUCCAUGGUAAUGGGGCAAAUGCGUUAGCAACUGUUUGCCCUGCUGGGCUCCGAGGAUCCUAGCUCCACUGCAGAAGCUGAAAGACGAUCUAGUCGCCAUUUAUUGACUAAGAGCCACCAAAAAUUGCACAGAAUUGACAUUAGCCAGCUAAUGAUGCCCACAUGUAGGAACACCACCUAUAAACUGAGGGUUUAAAUGAAAUGCUGCACAUCCAGACUCCUGGCACCAUAACUACUUCAAAUCACUGAUAUGGUCAUGGUGCUUGAAGUAACCCUUUAACAUAUACUGUAAUGUAGGUUAAUACUUCUCCAACACAAUGAAGUUUAAUUACGAAACACCAGACUGCAGUGAACUGAAAAUCAAAAGACAACAUUUAGGUUAAAAAUAGCUGAUUUUGAACAAAUGUCUAUAAUUCAGCUGUGGCCACAGAACUUUUAGCUUAAAAUGUGCUAUUUGUUUUUCUAUUCACUGCAGUUUGGUGUCUAAUGACUAAACACCACUAUACACAUAAAGCUGUAAGUGCUAAGUAUCUCUCAAUUUUUGUUGUUUUUUUACAGUUUAUAAAAGUGGCAUUUUUCAAUAGAAACCUGCAUUUUUAUUUUUCAAUAAAAGCCUCUACUUGUCUAACUGGGCACUGUAACAGCUCCCCAACUGUCAAUCAGACUCCCAGGGAGGUUUCCUUCCAAUUCCGUUAGCUUUGCGAAGCUAUUCCACAGAGCUCGCAGAAUUGGCAGCAGCGCCAGCCUUCCUCACUUCUCAAUGAACUGUACUUUAAUUCGUUGAGACAAAUAUCAAUGAGAAACCACGCUUAUUGCAUGCGUCGCGGCUCCAGCACUGGGACAUCCCCAUGAGAAACACAAAAUAGUGAAAGAAAAAAAAAACAUUUCCAAUGGAGUGUUCCUUUAAAGAUCACAAACUGUCUAGAUUUUAUCCAUAUCUAUUUUUUUUUUUUUUUUGUAGGCUAUGUUUCCAAUCCUUUAAACACUGUAUUCUAUUGUAAUUAUACCUAUACACACCAUUACACAUUAUCUCAAUGUAAAAUGGGUGGGGAUCCUACAACUGGCACAUACAUGUGAGCAACCUCUAUAAAAGUUUUUCAUUCUCACUAAUGUCGAUGCAGAUUUUAGCACGGAGCAAGCCUGUUUAAAAGGUACAAGAGACACUAACCAUGUAACCAUUUAAAGACUCUGCAGUAUGAAUAGGAAUUUAUGUGUCAGGACUGAAUAGGGAUUAAUGCUGUUUGUAUCAUGCGUCUUUUAAUAGUGUCACUAAUAAUCUAAGGUCACCAUAAAUAUGGCUGGCUCUGUUAGCCAUACUUUUAUGGUUUUGCACUGAUUCUGCACUGAUUUUGUUUAUUUGAAAACUCUACACUGCUUAAAUGUUUUAAAACUGUCAACAAUGGAUGUGACCGGUACACAAAGCUGCCUCAGCCACUUGGAGAGGAAGGUGAUGACGUGUUCCAUUGGAACAUUGAUGGUAUAUUUAAAAGAUAUUGAAUACUGUAACACAGGGGUCAAGUCCUGGGGAAAAAAGUGUGGGAACUCACCCAAGAUACCCGCCUCCCCCCCCCCCUUAAAAAAAUAAAAUUAAAAAAAAUUACACUCCUAUGCAUAUAGUGCAGUGCGUGUAUAAUGAAUGUAGUGUGUUUGUAGCGAAUGCAGUGUGAAUAAUAAUUGUAGUGUAUUUGUAGUGAGUGCAGAGUGUGUAUAAUGAAUGCAGUGUGUUUUAGUGAGUGCAGAGUGUGUAUAAUGAAUGUAGUGUAUUUGUAGUGAGUGCAGUGUGUAUAAUAAAUGUAGUGUAUUUGUAGUGAGUGCAGUGUGUAUAAUAAGUGUAGUGUAUUUGCAGUGAGUGCAGUGUGUAUAAUAAAUGUAGUGUGUUUGUAGUGAGUGUAGUGUGUAUAGUGAAUGUAGUGUUUUUGUAGUGAGUGCAGAGUGUGUAUAAUGAAUGCAGAGUGUGUAUAAUGAAUUUAGUGUGUUUGUAGUAAGUGCAGAGUGUGUACAAUGAAUGCAGUGUAUGUAGUGUGUUUGUAGUGAAUGUAGAGUGUGUAUAGUGAAUGUAGUGUGUAGUUAGUGCAGAAUGUGCAUAAUGAAUGCAGAGUGUGUAUAGUGAAUGCAGAGGGUGUAUAGUGAAUGUAGUGUGUUUGUAGUGAGUGAAGAGUGUGUAUAAUGAAUGCAGUGUGUGUGCGCGCUGGAUGACGUGUGUGUGCGUGCUGGAUGACGUGUGUGUGCGUGCUGGAUGAUGUGUGGGUGUGUGCGUGCUGGAUGAUGGGUGGGUGUGUGCGUGCUGGAUGAUGGGUGGGUGUGUGCGUGCUGGAUGAUGGGUGUGUGUGCUGGAUGAUGGGUGUGUGUGUGUGCUGGAUGAUAGGUGUGUGUGUGUGCUGGAUGAUGGGUGUGUGUGUGUGUGCUGGAUGAUGUGUGUGUGUGUGUGUGUGUGGAUGAUGUGUGUGUGUGUGUGCUGGAUGAUGGGUGUGUGUGUGUGUGUGCUGGAUGAUGGGUGUGUGUGUGUGUGUGCUGGAUGAUGAUGGGUGUGUCGUGCUGGAUGAUGUGUGUGUGUGUGCUGGAUGGUGGGUGCAUGUGCUGGAUGAUGUGUGUGUAGGUGCUGGGUGAUGGGUGUGUGUGUGCUGGAUUGAUGGGUGUGUGUGUGUGCUUUGGUGUGGGUGUGACGUGCUGGAUGAUGGGUGUGUGUGUGUGCUGGAUGAUGGAAUUGUGUGAGUGCUGGAUGAUGUGUGUGUGUGAGUGCUGGAUGAUGUGUGUGUGUGCUGGAUGAUGGGUGUGGUUGGUGGGUGUGGAUGGUGGGUGUGUGUGAGUGCUGGAUGAUGGGUGUGUGUGAGUGCUGGAUGAUGUGUGUGUGAGUGCUGGAUGAUGUGUGUGUGAGUGCUGGAUGAUGUGUGUGUGAGUGUUGGAUGAUGGGUGUGUGAGUGCUGGAUGAUGGGUGUGUGAGUGCUGGAUGAUGGGUGUGUGAGUGCUGGAUGAUGGGUGUGUGUGUGCUGGAUGAUGGGUGUGAGAGUGCUGGAUGAUGGGUGUGUGAGUGUGGGAUGAUGUGUGUGUGAGUGCUGGAUGAUGUGUGUGUGUGUGUGUGCUGGAUGAUGGGUGUUGGGGAGGGGGGAAGCAUUUUUUUCUUUAUUUGUGUUUAAUAUUUAUUUUAUUCCCCCCUCCCUGCUUCUUACCUUGUCAGGGAGGGGGGAGAUCGCCUGGUGGUCCGGUGGUAUGCUGGAGGGAGCCAGCCGCUGCACAGUGGGGCCAUCACACGCAGUGUUCCUUCUCCAGCUCUAACUCUCGCGAGACUCGCCUGUGCGGAGCGUUGCCAUGGUAACAGCCGCGGGUCUCGCGAGAGUUAUAGCUGGAGAGGGAACACAGCGUGUGAUGGCCCCUCAGUGCAGGUAGCAGGGCCGGUCCUGCAGGACAGGUAACGGGAACGGCGUUCCAGCUAUGGAAAAAGUGCAGGAACGCCGUUCCCAUGCGUUCCUGCAGGACUCGAGCCCUGCUGUAACACAUUUCUAAUUAAUUUAUGCUUGUUUGUUUUUAUUUGUUUUUAAGUAUGGACAGUCGCAAAUGGAUGGAUUUGGAUGGUUCCUGGGUGUAUAGUACGGCCCCCAGGAAACACCCUGAAAGUUAUCUGGGGUACAACACUCUCCCUGGGAGAAAAUUCAAAGAUAUUGUGAGAAGGCCAGCAGAUGAGAGAGGGAUGUAUGGCACAAUCCCAGGAAGGUAAGAGUUGAUAGAGGUUAUUGUAUCUGUAUCUUCUGUUGUUUUUGUGGUAACCAUAAGUUGAUUUACAAUGGUCAUGUCAUGAAAGGUUCCUAAAUUCCCCCUACAAAUAUGAGAUGUGCUUGUUCUGUGAUGCAGAGCAGGAGAACCACCCUAAGGAGGGCGCUAAACCCACUGACAUCAAGGUGAAGGGCAAAAAAGUAUUAGGUGUAAUUUUUUUAGAGAGCUCUACCAAUCCAUCUCUAUUUUGUCCUUUAAAAAAAAAAAAAAAAAAAAUCUUUCCUUUAAAGGAACACUCCAAACAUUUAGUUCACUAUAAUGGUUUUAGUACCAGGAGUGCCCCGGUGACCCCUCAAUGAAUGGUUCGGCUUCAUACCUGGGGUCCAUAAGCAGCUGCUCUCAGUCUCACCUACUAAUGUGAGACGGCUUUUUAGUUUCUAAGCAGGCAAGUUUGUUAGCUCAUUGGCUGAGCUCAUCAUAUGAUUGCUCUGGUUACGGUGCUUAGAGUGUUCCUUUAAAUCCAUUGGUAAUCUACUCAUUGCUGUUUCUUGUUCCAACCCAUCUCAUGUCAUGAUGGAUUUUCAUAUAAUUUUGAAUACUCUCUCUGUAUGGUUCCAAUUACAACGGAUAUUUUUUUUAAAAAUUCUUUAUUUUUGGUAUGCAGGUAGGUACAACAGUGCCUGUAUCGCCACAACAGCAUCAACAGGCUCAAUUAUCAUAGUUAUAACAGUUGCGUGGCAUGUUAAGUUUGCAUACAUUUUUUUUUUUAAAUAAAGUAAGUAAUGGUAGAGUAAACAAGCUGUUAUCAAUAUAGCUCUAGGCUCAACAACAAAUUUUGUUCCUUUCUAGGCAUUCAUGACAUUCCUAGGUACUUACAGGGUUAAUAAUAUGUUGAGUGAUUUAACAGUUAUUUUUCAAGUUAUGACAACAGCAUUCUCAUUUUAGGGUUAUGUAGUCGCUAUGAAACAGGAUGGCAAGUUAAUGACACUUAUACUGUAGGUACCCAUAUCGAAGUAAGCUUGUAGUGAGUAACUUGUACGAGGUUCUGAUAUAUGUGAACUAGUUAAAACAUAAUAAAGAUUAAUCAUUACGUUAGCUCCGGUUAGGUCACUGAGGUGAACUAAAUAGAUAUGGCUGUAAGUCCUGAGGGGGGACAUGGGUACUUCGCUCGAGGGCACACGGCACGGUCAGCCAAUGCCUCGGCUCGGCAGAGCCAUACCGUCCCUGGAGGAUCCCGAUUUCUUCUGGGUGUGUCUCUGUGGCAGAUCAAGCUGUGGUUUUCGUCUGGCUGCUCGUUUGGAGUCUAUGCAGCGUCUGGAAGGUGGAGUGCCCCUUCGGCCCUGGAGCUGUGUGAGGGCUGGUACUGUCUGACCACGAGCCUGGAGUCCUGUAGGGUCCAGGGACUCCCCUGUUGGGGUGGUGCGUCGGGCCUUCUGUGGGUCAGGUGUGUUGUCGCGUUUUCUUUGCGGCCCUCCGCUUGUGUGGCCUGUACCUGUGGGUCUGGACCCGUAAUGCCCAUAGCCCAGGCAGGCGUCUCGUGCCAGGUGCAAGUGUGAGGUACAUUGUUAUGCCUUUCAGAGGAUUCCCAGGCCUCCCUGUGCUGCAGGUUUGAUCUGUAAGUGGUGUUUGCUUAGAAGCCGCUGGUUGCGUGCGGGCCUGGAGCCGAGCCCAGAAUCUAUCAAAAAUAGCAUUGAGUGAGUCUCUUGUAUUGAGAUCGGGGCUAGUCACUUCAGGCUGCAGCAUUCGCAUGCCGCGUGUAUCUGAGUCCGCUGAGACCGCCAUCUUGGAGAGCUUCUCCUCCGUUCUGUCUGUGAUCACUGUCGACCCCCUUGAUAGGUACACUGCGGAGCUAUCUUUCUUUCGGCGGGGACCGGGAUAUCCGGGGGGGGGGGGAAGGUUAGUUCUUGCUUACUGUUUGGAGCAGCGGGCGGGAAGCGGCCGUCCUCCCACCCUACCAUCUCCUGUAGGCCUCAGCCCGCUGUCACGGUUCCCGGGUGUUCCAGGUGUCAAGUUUGGUAUCCGCGGAUAUGCGCUGGCUUCCCCAGUCUGUAGGGCUUUUUUAGGAAGGAGUCCCAGCACUGUGAUCCAAGUUAUUACGCUUUUAGUGUCCGUGCAGCAGGAGCUCGUGCAAAGCAUGUCUUGCUUGCUUGCUGGUCAGGCUCCGCCCCUACAACGGAUAUUUUAAUAUAGUAAUAUUGUUCUCUAUGUUCUUUCAUAAUGACACUAUUAAGUCCAGUGAAAGGGCACUCACUUGACUUCUUUUUAAAAUGUAAAUGCCUGCAUCUAUCUAUCUAUCUAUCUAUCUAGUUCCUCUUUAAAUCUCUUUGGCUGUAACAUCUGCUUAUUCACACAAAAAUGUAUUGAUCACCCCUGGAUCUGGCUAUCGCACUCUCCUAUUCUUGUCAUGGGGAGGAAUAUGGCUUAAAGUCAUAACACACAGUUUAUGAUAGUUGCUUCAUUUUAUUGCUCCUCUGAAAGAUCACAUUAAGCAGAUCUUUAAAAAUUUAAUUUGCUUUGUUCUUUUUGAAGCAAGUUAAAAACAAACGCAUUUCUUUCUUGGGCCGAGAGUGAAAUGAAAACACUCAGACAUAUACUACAUCACUAUUUUUCAGGAGAAAAGACAAACCUGCGUAACGAAAGGUGAGCUUUAUUAUAUAGAACUCUCUUAGAAAAGCGAGUGAGCGUAACAGAUUACCCUUUUUAUAAAGUAAAUUCCUGACAUGUGUAUCUUCUGGGAAAGCACCUAUAAAAAAUAUAUUAUGUAUUUAUUUUAUAGUCCAGGUUUUUUCAUUUUAGACACCAGUUUGGAGUCUCAGGCUUUAUAAUAUCAUUGUAGGUUACAGGAGUCAGCCUCAGAGCAUGUGACUUUAUGUCAGAAUCUGGACAUUCACUUUGCAUUUGGGGUAAAAGUCUAAAGCUUCCCCAUUACAGAGCUUUAGGCUUCAAGCUUACAAUGUAAUAUAUUGUUUAAUAAAUCUAAUCUGAAUAGAUUUACCAGCUUAGUACAAUAUUGUUUUUGUAAUGUCUGGCAAACUUAUUUCUAAAGGAACUUUUGUUUUAAGGUGUAGUAUCUGUUUUUGAUUUAAAGGGUUAACCCAACCAUCAUCUUCACUACAGCCCACUGUAGUCAUUAUGACAAUAGGAGUACCCUGGCGACAUUCUCAGCAAUGGGGAAACCCAUUGGACAAUGAUUUGCCCUAUUACCUGGGUCCUGUCUGGGACCUGAUCUCCUCUUCUCCAGGCUUAUGACAUCUGGCUUCGAGCUGCAUUGAUAGAGUGUUUCCCAUAUUGAUUUGUGUCUUAUUAUGCAUAUUUAUUUUAAUGGAACACUGUAAGCACCAUAACCACUAUAGCCCACUGUAGCAGUUCUGAUGCCAGGAGUGUCCUGGAGCUUUCUCAGUGUAAGAGAACCUCCAGGCCCUCUUGCAUGCCAUCCUCCAACCUGCAUCCUACUUGAUCUGUAGGCAAGACUCGCCGCCCUGAAUUUCCACAUUACAAUAAAAAAAAAAUGAUAUUUUGCAUAAUUUGCAUCAUAUUUUUAUAGUGAAGGGUAAAAGCAUAACUUAUAUGGACUGACUUUCCUGCUAAGGUACCAACAUAUUUCUUGCUUUAUUUUCCACUGAUAAGAAAGUUAAUGUAUUUUUAUAUGUUCACAUUUCUGUCUCUAUAAAGUCUGCAAUUUUUUUAAAUGUAUUUUUAGGUUUGUUGAUAGAGCACCCAUGGGAGAACAAACACCAUACAAGCUACGGUCCUUCUCUAGACUUCCCCACAGCCCUAUACUGCAGGAUUCUACAAACUGGCCUGCAUCGCUGCCACCAGGAGCAAGAGGUCCUAAACUGUUUAGAAUGGAACAAAAAAAUGAGGCAAACGAAAGAGAUGGUGGGAAAUAUGAUGGAAGGAUAUAUGAACGAGUGAGACAUUCAGAUGAUCUAGAAAGGAAAAAACGCAAGUUGCUCAGGGAAGCAGAGGCAGAAAUAGUAAAUGUCUCAUCGGAUAAGCAUAGACGAAAAGGAAAGCCCAUGGAAUGGGGUAUAAUAAAUGAGCAGCCUGACUAUUCACGCUACCAAAAGAUGAAAAUGACACAGUGUGAUGAUUGGGAACCUUUAUCUUUGCCAUCAAAAGCAUUGCAGGUUCAAUCCACUUCACAUUUAACAAAACUAUCUUUAAGUAAGCCACACUUACACAAAGAAAAGGCAACAGAGACAAAGGCCCCAGAUCAAGAAAAGAGAAGGUGGUGGUUCAAGAGUCAAAAACAACAAAAAACAGUAUCUGAUGUAAUGGCUAUGGGUAAUAAUCAAGAUGAAUCUUACAAAAGAUGUGUGGAACAGUGCUCUGUACCAAACUAUAAUAGUCAUACACUGCAAGGUUCAAAGGAAAAUCAUCCUAAACUCAGGAAAAGGAAGGGGCCCCCACCUUAUGUCCCACCUCCUUCUUACAACGCACCACAUCAUACCUUCCCCAUCAUCAAAGAUGAGCAUAUUCACACUGAACAAAUGUCUGCGGGUGAAAUUAUACCAUUAACUGACAAAGACAAUGGCAAACUAGAUGGAGAGAAAGUAGCAAGAUACACAAUGGAACAUCAGGUGGAUUCUAAUUUUACCUUUCCAUCUUUUAACAAUGUGAACAGAGGACAAGAAGAGAAAAAGCAUAAAUCUGCACAGAUUUAUCAAAAGAGUAUUUGGGAUCGAACACUUCCACAGCUAUAUAGCACUUGGGGAGGAGAACGUUCUAAGUGGAACCUGAACCAAAUUUCCUCAAAUUAUGAAGAAUUCAUUGACCACAUAUAUGAAACUGUUGAUAGAGGAAGUUCUCCACUCAAUCAUAAUGUGCCUGGGGAAAAGACUUAUGGGACAUUAUACAAUACUCGACAGAUAGAACUGUCAACGAAAUACACUUUGCCAAGAAGUGGAAUCAAUGAUGUAACAAAAACUACCAAGAAAAAUAAGAUUGUUACAAACUGUGAACCUCAAAAAAUGGCACUUUUUGAUGUUCACCGCCCACCAAUCCGGUCACAUGGAGUAAAAUUGCCACAUGAAUUAGGUUUUAGCUAUACUAGUGGAAAACCCCACUACACAGAUAAAAAGCUGAGGUCGGAGUAUAGAAGUUAUCACAAUCUACAAGAAGAGGACACUGUGAAAGAGAGACAAAGACCAUUAAGAGUUAUUUCUAAAAAGCGAACUGGUCAAAGUCACAUUAAUUCCUUUCCUAGUAAAGAGGAAUAUUCUAGGUAUAGCCAAACUCUGCCUGUGAAAAAAGACCCAUAUUUGCAUAUAAAAGCUGAUAUGCAGGAAAGAAUACCAACAGUUCACUCCCGCAAACAUAGGAAUAUUAAUGAGGAUAUAGCCUUUCCAAAAUGGAGAGAACCAGGGAAAUUUAGUACAAUACCAGGCAGGGGACACGAUCAUAUUCUCUAUAGGCCACAUGAUGGCUUGCAUAGGAGUGUGAAAUAUGACCUUCCAGAUCCUUCUGAAACAAAUAAUUGGGGCACUCCUAGAAAAGGUCAGUUAAAAGAAGCUACUUCUGAGAAAACACAGCCACCUCUAUUGAAAGAAAAUGAGGGUAUGUUUGUCAUUGAUGCAACCUGUGUGGUUGUUAAAGCAGAGUAUAUUUUUCCACCAAGGACAGAGCAAGUUAAGUUUUUAAGUUACCCAGAGGUUUCUCCUGGUCUAAUGGAGAGGGAUAUUCAGUCUAAUAGGAAAAUAUAUUUUGGUUCCACUGAGCUAAAGUCUAACUUGAAUUAUAUAAAACAUUUAUCUCCUCCAAGCCAAAAAGCUGAAUCCACAUCUGAACAUUUUAACCACCAGUCCCAUGAACGGGAUAUUCCCAAUCUGAAAGAAAGAGCAAUGCGAAUCUUGGGACUUUCUAUGGUAGAUUUGGAGUCAUUGAAUGAAGAUCACACUCUACAUAGAACGAAUAAAAUGGUAGAACAGGAAGCCGAGUUACUAAAUAAAACAUUACGUGAGAGUAAUAAGAAUGGUGGACAUAAACAUGAUACAUGUACAGGAGCAUCAAACAGUAUGACUGUAGAUGUUAAGGAUUCUACAUAUAAAUCUUCAUGCUCAGUUGAGGAGGAUGAACAUCAGCCAAAAUUUAAUGAAACGUCUUUGGAUAGUAAUUUAAUUGAAGAAAAUCGUCAAAUGGAGUCCGAGCAAAAUAUAGCAACUUGCUCCACAGAAAGUAACUGCAAGGAAAGUGAUCAUGCAACCUCCAACCUUGUGCCAUAUGGUUUAGAAACAAACAAAUCAAUUGAAAUGGAGCCAUGUAGAAAAUGUGAAUCUGUACUAAAUCAAAAUGACAUUACAUUGUUUGAGAUGGAAGUGGAGACACUUCAGGAAAAAGAUAAUUGCCCAGAGAUGUUUGAAUCUCCAUGCCAAGAUGAUGUUUCUGGUUGUUUGGAUCUCCAGGUGUCUAUAAAUCGACAAUCCUUGGACAAUACAAAUUCUAAUGAUUCAGUUGAAAAUAUUCUUAAAACAGUUGAAAGACCAGAACAAAAUAUCUGCGGAUUGAAAGACGUUGAUGAAACAUUCACAAAGACUUGUGUUUUGAAUGGAAAUAACUGUGAAAAUAGUGAGAAGGUAAACCCUAAAAAAUAUGCAGAGCAUAGUAAAAAAACACCAUAUGUUACUGUAAGUCCUCAGCCAGUUAGUCCUUGCGUGAAGCAUGAUAGCCAGUUAACUAGUGAAAUGAAGAACCAUCUUUCAGAUCAGACAUACUCUCCAAGGACUCCCGUAAAAACAUUUACAAAAAGACAUAAUUACUUUGCAAAGGAUCUUCGUGAGGCUGUCUCACGCAUAAGGCGCCACACUGCCCCUGAUUCUGACACAGAUGAAGAUUUAGAGAAGCCUUUGCAUGACUCUUGUUCAGAAAUAUCUGAAGACCACGUGGGUGAGGAAGGAAUUGUAUCUUGCAGUUCAGACACGUCUGACUCAGAGGUCACUGUAAUACUACGUGUAGCUGACAAAGUAGAGUUGGUAUCAGAGAUAAACACAAAUGACUCUCAAGAUUUUGCAGAAACUGAAGGUAGUUUAAAUGGUUUAAAUGUAACUAAAGAGGACACUAUGCUUUUAGAUUCGACUAAAGGAGAUUUUAGUGCUGACGUGAUUGGUAAUACGUCUGACAAUGACCUGAUCCAUGAAAAACAACAGGAAAGUAAAUGCAUGGAUCUUAAUAGUUGCAUUGAGGAGAUACUUCAAGAUCUGAACAGAACUGAAGAAGAAUUUUUCCCAUCAAGUUCUGAUUAUUGUACUACGGAUGUGACUACUGCUUCUCUGGAACAUUUAGCAGGUAAUGAAUUUUGACUUGCAUAAGGGAGUUAUUAGGAAUAAACAAGAAAAAAUUUAUAAGCAUCAUGCAAAAGGGAGUGGUGAACAUUACAUAAUAAACAAUCGGGCAUAAGAGAGAAUUAUGGCUUAUAAACUAUGAAAUCACUGAUUGCUUACAUGCUCGAUGAAUAUCUUUGUCAGUCAUUAGCAAUAACAUUUGGAAGUAUAUUUUGAAAUAACAAAAAAAAAAGCUUUGUAAUUAACAUCUUACUUUCGCAAUUAGACACAAUAUUUUAUCAGUGGACAUACAGAGUUCUAAUUCACCAGAACACAUAAAUUGCACAUAAUGAUUGUACUAGUCACAAUAUGGAUGUUGUGCUAAUAUAAUCAAUGUGAACAUAUAAUUUGAGAAAAAUAAACAUGGGAAUGCAUUGGAUUGGCUACAAAUCGGCAAUUUUGAUGAUAUCACCAAGUUGGCGGGACCAGGGCUGACAGACCCGUGGAGAGCUGAAAAUAAUAUGAGUUUUAACCCAUUCUGAGGGGGCUAAAGGGGGGUGGGGGUCAGGAAUAUAGGUUUGUGUGGACGUAUUACCGUUUGUGUACAUAACUGUAUCUUUUACUAAUGAAUUAAAUAAAUUAGCUUACAUUUGCAUUUUGAUAUCUUGUUUCAGAAUAAUUGGAGAAGUUGGUCUGGCAGCAAGCAAUAACACCCUCUGGUGAUACAGAAAGUGGACUGCUUCUUCUAACCUAAUUGAGUUUGGGUGUUGAGUGAUUUUUUUUUUGGGGUGCAAUACUACAUGGGAGGAUAUCCGAUCUCAAAUGACAAAAUACAAUACCUAUAUAUUAUGAGUUAUUAAUAUUUUUAUUGGAAAUAAUUCUGUCCGCCUUAAUGGGUAGAAUUACCUGCAACCACUAGCAAUUUUUUUCCAUUAAUAUUUUUUUGUUUUGUACUUUGAAUUGUCAAAAUACAGAUUUAUGUGAAUCGUUUUUGUGUUUAGACAUUCAGUUAGUUCAUGCUCAACCACUCUGUAAUUUGUACUAUGUGUAUGGUAUUUCUGUGUAUUUCUAAAAAAAA